AUGGCUUCAAUUAUGUCCGCCCCAGACUACUCUAUGGCUGCAACCAGUCGGUCGAAGCUGAGUGUACGUCUACCAAAGGAAACACUCUACUCAUCAUUGAGAGAAUCGUCUCGGUACUUUAACUUUGACUCGGAAACAGCAAAGCUUGCUCGAGAUGCCGACGACUGGCUUACAUCGCAUCCUGGUGCUUCAGGCUCUGGCACUUCCAAGGACAUCAAUGGUGUAAGCCGGCCAUCAUCGAUUGCACCGAGCAACUUUAGUGUCCGCUCUCUUCCCGCAGAUUAUAGCAUGCCGGAACACCAUGGGAAGGAGUACCCUCAUCCCAUGAUGGGUUCGGUUCGGUAUAAUGAGAUUCGUCCACGAUCUGCUGCACCUACAGAGAGUACUGAGAAACUUCAAUCGUCGCCUCCCGUGAGUGGAGGAGAACACUCGGGACCUCAACAAGAAUAUCCUACGGGAUUGAAGCUUGGUCUGAUCACUCUUGCUCUCUGCUUGGCUGUCUUUGUCAUGGCCCUGGACAACUCCAUCAUUGCAACGGCAAUUCCAAGAAUCACCGACGCUUUUCAGAGUCUUAACGACGUCGGGUGGUACGGGUCGGCAUACAUGCUUACAACGGCCGCACUGCAGCUGUUCUUUGGCAAGCUGUAUACCUAUGGCAGCAUCAAGUGGACGUUCCUAGCAGCCAUUGCCAUCUUUGAAGUGGGUAGUCUCAUCUGCGGUGUCGCUCCCAACAGUGUCACGCUCAUCGUGGGACGGGCCAUUGCUGGCGUCGGCGGUUCUGGCAUCUUUGCGGGCGCGCUCACUAUCCUUGCCUUUUCGGUGCCGCUUCAGAAGAGACCCAUGUACACUGGCCUUGUCAGUGGCAUGUGGGGUAUCUCUUCCGUUGCAGGUCCUUUGCUGGGCGGUCUCUUGACAGACAAGGUAUCGUGGCGGUGGUGUUUCUACAUCAACCUUCCUAUCGGUGCCAUUACUGUUUUUGUUAUUCUUUUCUUCUUCCCUGAACCUGUGCGAGACAUUGAGCCUGCGACAUGGCGAGUACGCUUCUGGCAGCUCGAUCCUAUCGGGACCGCCAUCUUUAUGCCCGCCAUCGUGUGUCUCUUGCUAGCUCUACAAUGGGGUGGUGUUGACUAUGAUUGGGAUGACUCUGUCAUUACGUCUCUCUUCAUGCUGUCAGCAUUUCUCCUUAUCGUGUUUGUCUACAUACAAUACAAGAUGGACGAGAAUGCUACCGUCCCUCCGCGUAUCUUUAAGAUGCGCAGCGUCUGGGCCGGUGCCUGGUUCUCCUUCAACACGGGCGCAUGCUUCCUCACAGCCAUAUACUUCCUGCCCAUAUGGUUCCAAGCUGUGCAAGGGCAAUCACCCAUCAUGUCUGGUGUGAGAAACCUCCCCAUGCUCCUUGCCAUUGUUCUCUGCGCUAUGGGGGCUGGUGCAGCAGUCAGCGCUUGGGGCUACUAUACGCCCUUUAUGAUUGCCGGCGCAGUACUCAUGGCCAUAGGAUUUGGUGUCAUUACCACCUUUGAAGUGAACACAUCAACAGCCAAAUGGGUAGGCUUCCAACUUAUUGCUGGCAUUGGCGUGGGUGUUGGUCUACAGCAGUCCCUGAUCGCAGUACAAGUCGUUUGUGAGAUGGUCGACGUUCCCACAGCCACAGCCCUCAUUGUCUUUUCCCAGACUCUCGGCGGCGCGCUCUGCGUCACAGCUGGCAACACUGUGUUUACCAACACGCUCAUCAAUAAGAUUCACGAGUAUGUGCCUAGUUUGGAUCCUUACUUUGUCAUUGCGACUGGCGCGACGAAUAUCCGCAGCGUUAUUCGAGAAGAGUGGCUGGACGGGGUGAUUCUGGCGUACAACGAUGCGUUGACGACGAGCUUCUACGUUGGAGCUGGAACCGCGUCUGCGACCAUCAUUGGUGCCUUGUUGGUUGAGUGGAAGAGUGUCAAAGGGAGGGAGAUUGAGAUGGCAGCUGCUUAG